CGUUGGAGAGCAGAGUGCGGGCGCACAGCGAACACACCGCGGGCAGGUCUGACUCGACCUUUGAUUACCCACCAAGCACCGUGCCAAUUAGCGGAACUCUGCUGGAAUUAUUCAUCGGGAAACUUUGGGACCACAGCAGAACUGCGCGGUCCGGACCCUCAGAACUCCGCCUCCAAAGCGCAGUCGACCGCGUGCGCGUGGGCGAGCAUGAGGGCCGUCGCCUCCCUGCUGCUUUGCCUCCUGGUGGCCGCCGGGGUCGGAGCUUCCCGGUUCGCCCGCGAUGCCCGGGGCGGCGCCGCAGCCUCGGAGCCGACCAGGAGCAACGCCACCGCCCCGCUCGCGCUCCCUCAGCCGGGGCAGCCGGCUCCCAACCCCCCCAUGUGUCUAAAGCGCACCGAGAUCACGCACGCCUUCAAGUACGUCAACACCAUCGUGUCCUGCCUGAUCUUUGUGGUGGGGAUCAUCGGCAACUCCACGCUCCUCAAGAUCAUGUAUAAGAACAAGUGCAUGAGAAAUGGACCCAAUGUUCUGAUUGGCAGCCUGGCUCUGGGGGACCUGCUGUAUAUAAUCAUCGCCAUCCCCAUCAAUGUUUUUAAGCUGAUAGCCCAGGACUGGCCGUUCGGCGUGUACAUCUGUAAGCUGAUGCCAUUCAUCCAAAAGGCCUCAGUGGGAAUCACUGUCCUCAGCCUGUGUGCUCUCAGCAUUGACCGCUACCACGCAGUGACGUCAUGGAGCAGGGUGAAGGGGAUGGGCGUCCCUCUGUGGAAGGCGGCGGAGGUGACGCUGAUCUGGCUGCUCGCUGUGAUGCUCGCGGUCCCCGAGGUGCUGGCGUACGACAUGCUGGAGUUGCCGUACAGGGGCGCCAAGCUGCGCGUGUGUUUGAUCCAUCCGGAACAGACCACCAGCUUCAUGAAGUUCUACCAGGACGUGAAGGACUGGUGGCUGUUUGGCUUCUAUUUCUGCCUCCCGCUGGCCUGCACGGGAAUCUUCUACACACUCAUGUCCUGCGAGAUGCUCAGCCGCAAAAAGGGCAUGCGCAUCGCACUCAACGACCACAUGAAACAGCGACGGGAAGUAGCCAAGACGGUGUUCUGCCUCGUGGUGAUUUUCGCUCUCUGCUGGCUGCCCCUCCAUCUCAGCCGCAUUCUGAAGAAAACCAUCUACGACGAGAGCGACCCCAACCGCUGCGAGCUGCUCAGCUUCCUCUUGGUGAUGGAUUACAUCGGCAUCAACAUGGCCUCCCUCAACUCCUGCAUUAACCCGAUUGCCCUCUACUUUGUCAGCCAGAAGUUUAAAAACUGCUUCCAGUCUUGCCUGUGCUGCUGGUGCUACAGAACAUCUCCACUGGACGAACGAGGUUCCGGAGGACGCUGGAAGGGCUCUUGUCACGGGAACGGACUGGACCGAUCCAGCUCCCGCUCCAGUCAGAAAUACACCAGCUCUUCAUAAACUAAACACACACACGACGCACACACACACACACACACACACGCGCACUCGCACACAAAAGUUGCCCACCGGCCGAUGGCGAGAGACAAAAAAAGCGAGGCAGCGAGGUGGAAGCCGCAGGACCGUACCUGUUGAAGAGAGAGACAAAGUCAUACUAACUGCAACAAGGAUGUGUGGCAUUCACACAGAGGACUGAGCCUUUUCUCAGUGGACCGACACAUUUAUAAAGAAUGUUUAUUAGCCGCAUGUAAAUAUAUGUACAGGACUAUUUACGAGCAUGACUGGAGACCGAUGAUUACCCCAAACCAGUGUAUGAAACCAGUGUAUGAAACCAGUGUAUGAAACCAGUGUAUGAAACCAGUGUAUGAAACCGCUCAGUUAAGUGCUGCCUGUUGAGGCUUUGAUUCCUCACAGAGAAUCUGUGAUUUUGAGUGGUUGGUUUCAAAGGGUCUUGUUUUUAAAUUGUAUUUUUCAUUUUUUUUUUAAACGCACGACUUUGCCUCAGCAGAGAAACACAAACGCUAAUAAUCUGACAAUCGACUACAAGCUGUUGUUGAGCUGCCCGGGGCCCCCGGGACCACUGUGACAUCAUACCAUAGUGGGGCCCCACUGAGAUGUUGAGAAACCAAUCAUCCAAAAUGUUUUAUCUGGAAAUGAUUGCGGCGCCGGGUCAUGUGGUCGCCAGCUGUUUCUCUAGAAUGCUGCAAAACACCAGAUGACUGCGAGCUGCACAGAGGAGAUCUUUUCUUCUUGCCGCGUUUGUGUCGUCGCACGCGUGUAACUGUCUGUCCCACUGUGUAAGACUUACACAGACUUAGGAAGGGUUUCUAUUUUUCUAAGAAGUACACAUCACAAUAGAUGUGAAGCCUGCGUAGUCCGACCUUCUGAGUUGUCCAUUUAAUAUUCCCGAAUAGUUUCCGUCUAGUGAGUGGUCUUCUGAGAGAGCACCUGGCAGGAAAACGCUCCAAAUAUGGAGCAGUUUGUGUUUAAGACAGGAGUUGUUAUAGUGGGGAUUAGGUUUAUUUGAAGUUUGUAAUGGUCAUAGAAAAUAUUUAGAUGUACUAGUCGCUUCCUUUUGAAUGUAAUCCAGGCAAUCGUGUGCUGAGAUACAACUGAAAUAGAUUUGAUUCAUGCAGUAAGUUCUCCAUUUCCGCUGUGACAGAACUGUAGCAGGUUGUGACCCAUUAAGCCUUUUAUGUGUGCUCCAUGUUAGCUUCAUUUAGAGGACAUCGUGUACUGGAAAGUGAAACCAAGCUAAGAUUUUUUAAGUAAUAUGUGAAUAUUGGCCUUGUCGUUUAAAGAUAACAUUUAUACUUUAUACUUAUUUGUUGAGAAUACUGUAAUAAAUAUUGUUUUAUAGCAUUUGUGUUUGACUUAUUUACUAAAAUAGUGUGAAUGCAUUCAGGGUAAUUUCCAGUUAGUAGUGAUGCAGUCUCAUUGCAUAUAAACUAUUCACAUGUUAUACAAUAUACAGUAUCUGCACACAUUAAAGAUUCUUGGGGGUAUUUGA